CUGUCAACCGAGCUGGCUGGUCUGCUGACACGAUCCGCCAUUAGCGCCACACGCAGUGAGUGUUUUUGGUUGCGGUUGGGUGCUUGCUGAACGAAUAUUUGCUGUGAUGAAUUUCAACCAGUGCUGGUGAUUUGUGCGUGAUUAUCAAAAGUGGGCAAAAGCGACAAAAUCUGAAGCGCCACAGAAUCCGAGUACCGUGGAAGGACCAAGUUUUAGUGUGUCCAUUGUGCGAGUAUAUCUUCACGGUUCCCUGCAACCGUUCGUCGGUUGCCGCAACGAGUGUCCGAACACUUCCCUCGAGCAACGAUCAAGGGCUGGAGACUGUGGCGUUUCAUCCGGGUACGAUAUCUCUUGUACGGAGAGGAAUAGCGACCAACAGCUGGUGAAAACGUGUCUGGAAAGAAAAAAAACUAGAAGGUUAUUUCAGGACAAGUUAUCAAGUUAGAAGCAGCAAAGCGGCGGGGUGUUGAAUAUCCAUAGUCGGUCCAUCUGGUUUGACUAAAGCCCACCAUGAAAGGUAGACAUCUUCGGCGGCGGUUCAGCCUACAGCCGUCGUUUAUGAAGGAUGACUCGACUGAAGAGCGACCAAAGAGAGAAAAGCCACUGAAAAACGAUGAAAACUCUAUAAACUCCAACGUUCGGCACAAGAUCGUCAUGAUGGGCGCGGCCAAGGUGGGCAAAAGCUCACUCAUCACGCAGUUCCUGUACAGCAGCUUUUCGCCCAAGUACAAACGCACGGUUGAGGAGAUGCACCAUGGACACUUCUCGGUCGGUGGCGUAAAUCUGACGCUCGACAUACUGGACACUUCUGGAUCGUACGAGUUCCCAGCAAUGCGGGCCCUUUCCAUCUCGUCGGCGGAUGCAUUCAUCCUGGUGUACGACGUCACGGACAGUAUCACGUUCGAGGAAGUGAAAGCGAUACGCGAGCAAAUCCACGAGAUUAAAUCUACGACCGCGGUACCGAUUGUGGUCGUCGGCAACAAGACGGACCUGAGCGAUGAGGACGAAGAUCUGCGGCAGGUAGCACGUGACACAACCGAAUCGAUGGUAACGGUAGAUUGGGAGAAUGGUUUCGUCGAAGCAUCAGCCAAGCUGAACCGUAAUGUUACACAGAUAUUUAAGGAGCUUCUAGUGCAGGCUAAAAUAACCUACAACCUUAGCCCGGCCCUGCGACGGCGAAGGCGCCAGUCGUUGCCGCAGCAGGCCAGCACGGGCAGUACCGGUGCACCGGCCACCCCGCAAGCAUCGCCCAGCGUUCACGUUCCAUCCGUUGCCCAGCUGCAGCACCUACAGCAGAUACAGGACAAAAGUCUCGGCGGCAAACGCAACUCGUGCAUUCUUUCCUAAUGCGGUUUUACGCCAGCCUUGCCAUCCCGUUUUCUCUACUCCAUGUCUGCUACAUCAUCUACCCUACCUGUGGCCGUGCUAUGGACACAUUAAUGGACAUAUAUAUAUUCUUCGUUACCCGUACGGCGUGAUGGAAAACUGAUGCAAUGGUUGGGGUUUUGUAGCGAUCUAUAAAACGGUAAGGAAUCGAGACCCCGCUAAAGAGCAUUGUUCUCGAAACGUUGGAUGUGUGUUGGCGUGUAAGAUAUGAAUAUUUAAACGUGUUUCAAACGUACCCCCUUACUCGAUCGUCAGUGAGAUAUUUUCACCAAUCAAUGCCCCAUUUCAAUUCACUUUUCACGACCAGGCUCGACCCAGGCACACUCUAUCAAAUCAGUGUAUUUACUUAGUAAAGGAUUGUGUGAUGUUAAUAAUUUUAAACCGGUGUCGGUUUCGUUCGU